GCAGCCAGGAAAGUAUGCAUAGCAAGAGUACGGGAUGUUCCGAGUGAUGGAGAUCCGAAAUCUUUUUGUUAUCCGUUGUGGUAAGAGAGUGAUGAUGCGCUCAGGCUGAGGAGAGAUGUUUUUGGGAGCAAAGCGCACCAUAUAAGUACAUAAGUAUAAACCAAAAGCACAGCUUCUACUGCAGCCCCUGCGCCUGUAUGGCCUGAUGCCAUCAUGCCGAUCAUUAGCAAUGCAAAUGACUUCAGCAAUCUCUCCACCAGCACAGAUGACAGCAGCUUUGACCAUUUUUUUACUGAGAUCCCUGAGACAGAAACCAUUAAGGGAGUUUACUUCCAGCGAGCCCAGCUACUCCGUGACCCCUCUGCACUCGCAAAUGUGGACCACAGCAAACUGGCCCUCGUCAAUGUUGGCGGGGAUCGUUACACGUUUGCCUGGAGCACACUGGAUGACUUCCCACUCUCCCGUUUGGGCCAGCUACGUCACUGCAGCAGUCCUGAAGACAUCGCCCAGCUUUGCGAUGACUAUGACGAGGUGAGCCAUGAGUUUUUUUUUGAUCGCAGUGCCACAGCCUUUCGUGUCAUCCUCAACUUUUUGGCAGCAGGCAAACUUAGACUGCUGAGGCAGGCAUGUGCCGUUUUUCUCUCGGAUGAGCUUGCUUACUGGGGCAUCGAACCCACUGGGAUGGAGCGCUGCUGCCGCCGUACAAUGAUCACUCGGGUGGAGGAGGUGGCUGAGAAGAAGCGGAAAGAGGAAGCUAGAAGGCAGAAGAGGCUGAUGAAACAACCAAGGCAAGAGAGUGAGGAAGGGGUUCGUAGCGCCUUGAGCCGCCUCAGGGAAGUGGUGGACAACCCACAUUCUGGCUGGCUGGGAAAGUGCUUUGCCUGUAUGUCAGUGGCCAUGAUUGUUGUGACUGUGGUCAGCUUGUGCAUCAGCAGCAUGCCUGAGCUCAGAGAGGAGGAGAGCAGAGGUGAAUGUUCCCCGAAGUGUCAACAGAUAUUCAUCGUGGAGACCGCGUGUGUGGCCUGGUUUACACUUGAGCUUACGCUACGCUUCCUGCAGGCCCGUAGCAAGCUAGAGUUUGCACGUGGGCCACUGAACAUCAUUGAUGCUGUGGCCAUUCUGCCUUACUACAUCUCCCUAGUGGUGGAUGAGAGAGAUCUGAGGCCGGGGGAUCGUUCGAAUGUUGGUGCAGGAUAUUUGGAUAAGCUGGGCCUGAUUCUAAGGCUCUUGCGUGCCCUGCGCAUCCUGUACGUCAUGCGGCUGGCGAGGCACUCACUGGGUUUGCAGACUCUCGGCCUGACAGUGCAAAGGAGCAUGCAUGAUUUCGGACUUCUGCUACUUUUUGUGUGCGUGGCUGUCACGUUGUUUUCCCCUCUCAUACACUUAGCUGAGAGUGAACGCCACGGCUUUAGCAGCAUCCCUGCCUGCUAUUGGUGGGCCAUCAUCUCCAUGACAACAGUGGGCUACGGCGAUAUGGUUCCACGUACCAUUCCUGGUCAGGUUAUUGCCUUCAGCGGGAUCCUGAGUGGCAUCCUCAUCAUGGCCUUUCCAGCUACCUCAAUUUUCCAUGUGUUUUCACGCUGCUACCGCGAGCUGAAACAGGAACAUGAAAUGAUUUACAAAGAUGAGAGAGUGGCCUUAUUAGCCGCGGAGGAGGUCUGCAUAGACAGAAACUCCUACUGUUGGACUCAAGAAUAUUCCAACAAAAUCCAUGAGGGUGAGGAUAGGGAUGGGACUAAAAUACCUGUUUUAGCAGCCACAGCUUGCUCGGAUAUGUCAUAGAUGCCAGAAGUGGUAAACAUACUGUAUGGGUUGCAGUUGAACUUAUUGUGGGUGGAUGGUUCUUUUCACACUAAAGAAUGGAGACAUUGGUUAGGAGCUUUGGCUUUAAGUGUGUCUUUAAUUUUUGUUUGGCCUUAUCUGCAUAUCAUGACUUCUGUUUAACUUAAAUUCUUGUAUGUUAAUAGCAAAAUCCAUGACAGAAAUGCUUUA